CUUCUUUCUCCCCAUCCCUCAUCCACCCCCAAAGGCAAUCCAACCCUUCUGUGGUCUAUACCUCAUCCGCUGAUUUACCAGCGAUUUCCAUUUCCCUCAUACUUUCCCUUCGCGAAAAAGAGUCCAUAAUGGCGCAGGCCCCACCUACCUUCAAGCUCGUCCUGGUCGGUGACGGUGGUACUGGCAAGACCACCUUCGUCAAGCGCCACCUGACUGGCGAGUUCGAGAAGAAGUACAUUGCCACUCUCGGUGUCGAGGUUCACCCUCUGACCUUCACUACCAACCUGGGUACCAUUCAGUUCGAUGUCUGGGAUACCGCCGGCCAGGAGAAGUUCGGUGGUCUCCGUGAUGGUUACUACAUCAACGGCCAGGCCGGUAUCAUCAUGUUCGAUGUCACCUCCCGUAUCACCUACAAGAACGUUCCCAACUGGCACCGUGACCUUGUCCGUGUCUGCGAGAACAUUCCCAUCGUUCUCUGCGGUAACAAGGUUGAUGUGAAGGAGCGCAAGGUCAAGGCCAAGACCAUCACCUUCCACCGCAAGAAGAACCUCCAGUACUACGAUAUCUCCGCCAAGUCCAACUACAACUUCGAGAAGCCCUUCCUGUGGCUCGCCCGGAAACUGGUCGGCAACCCCCAGCUGGAGUUUGUCGCUGCUCCUGCCCUCGCUCCCCCCGAGGUUACCGUCGACCACGAGCAGCUCGAGAAGUACCGCCAGGAGAUGGCCGAUGCUGCUGCUCAGCCCCUCCCCGACGAGGACGAUGCCGACCUGUAAAGUGGUCAACCUCACCAGCAGGUCCCCGACAGUUCUUUUUCCGAUCCGGACUUCGGGGAUCAUCAAAGCCACUUCCCCCCUUGUCACCGUCUUUGACAGUGACAUGUAAAAAGAGGGGCGGCACAUUCCACGACCGGAAGUUUUGGGCUCGACUACAGUACAGUCCUAGGAUUCACGAUACAAUGAAAGCGGUUGGGGCAGUGGCGGUUUGAAGAAAGGGACGGCACGAUUAUGCAUUUCUUUUUAUGGUUUUCCCCCCAACCACACUUAGUAGCUUAGACUCAUUUUUUACCU